UCAAUGUUUUGCUUUUUUUAAAUCAAUAAAAACAAAAAAUAAACUAAACUGAACUUUGUCAGCAUACGGGUUUUAAAUAAAGUUUCAACUUCCUUGAGGUCUGAAAUUAAAAUAAACUGUGUGUGAGUACGUGGGUGUGUGUGACACACAGUUGUCAUGCAGCAGGUGCUGGUUGUUGGAGAUUUAUUUAGAAACGACUGAAGCUCUCAGAGACCUCUCCGCCGAGCAAAGACCAGGACCCAGAGGGAGACACAGCCGGGUCCAAGAGAGUCCUCAGGGGACCAAGAGAGACCCGGAGACACAGAGUGAGCGGGACCUGAUAGUUUCAGUGAGGACAGACUGAGGACAUGGACGGAGUCUGAUCCUGAAUCAGCUGAAGGUGAUGGCGUUACCAUGGAAACACGGCAUCCACCUGACAUUGCUGCUGCUCUCGCUGCUGAUGCCUGAAGUGGGAGCUUCCUGUCAGAUCCUGAGGUGUAACUCUGACUUUGUGGCUGCCACGUUGGACUUGGGGAACAGCGCCGGAGGGGGCGGAGCAUCAGGAGGAAGAGGCGGAGCCUCGGGAUUAGCAGCUCUCAGCAGGGAGGCGGUGAACACCGGCUACUGUGGCGCCCUGCGGUCUUACGCCAUGUGCACCAAGCGGAUGGCGAGGGCGUGCCGCGGCGACCUGGCCUACCACUCCGCAGUCCAGGGCAUUGAAGACCUUCUGAUCCAGCACCACUGCCCGCGGGCCGGGCCCACCGCCCAGCCACGCCCCCCCCCCCAGGGCACAUUGUCAGGGGACGCCUGCCUCUACGAGAAGAGCCUCCUCGCCAGGGAGGGCCGGGCGCCUGAGUACCUGCACUGCGGCGUGUUCGGAGACCCACACGUGAGGACCUUCAACAACGACUUCCAGACCUGUGCCGUGCGGGGGGCGUGGCCUCUGAUCGACAACGAGUAUCUGUACGUGCAGGCCACUAGCACGCCGGCGCGAGGGGGGAUGCACGCCACUGUGCUCACCAAGAUCACCAUCAUCUUCAAGAACUGGCGCCAGUGCGUGGAGCAGCAGCUGUACCAAGCCGAGAUCGACAACGUUCCGGCUGCUUUCGCCGACGGCUCGGUGGUCAGCGGCGAGAGGCGAGGUCGCCACAGCCUCACGGUCCGCACCCAGAGCCCCGGGCGCCACGCCGAGAUCCGAGCGGCUCACAUCGGCACGCUACUGGUGGUCCGCCAGACUGGCCGCUCGCUGGGCCUGUCGGUGCGCUCGCCGCGCGGCGUGGUGGAGGCCUUUGGGGCCGAGCAGGACCUGCAGCUGUGCGUGUGGGGAUGCCCCGCCUCCCAGACACUCAACACGCUCCGCCCACCGCUGCUGCCGCUUGACUCCCACACCGUGGCCGGCGCAAGGGCUCACUGCGCGGCGCUGCUCCCCGCCCGAGGCGUGUACUACCAGGCCUGCGUGUUCGACCUGAUCGCCAGCGGGGACUUCAACUCCAGCGCGGCGGCCGUCAGCGCGCUGCAGGAUGCCGCCGACAUGAUCCGGGACGCCCGCAGUGUUCACCUGAUGCCACUCGCUGGGGCCGGAUCGCGCCGUGCGCCACGGGGUCUGCUGCUGCUCGGCAUGCUGGGGACUCUGACCACGGAGCUGUUUGACCUGCGAUGAACUGGCGAUAACGCGGCGGUCAUCAGACUUAAAUCCCGCCCCCUCCUCCGGACCUGGAUCAAAGAACCUGCUCCUGAAGAGAUGUAGACUGACAAUACUGUGUCAAACUGUGGUGCGUUUGUGUAGGCUCCGCCUCCUCGGUGUGACCUCAACAACACCAAUCGAGACCCUUCCUCCCAACAUCCUGGUCCUCAGAGGGUAACCUGAGCACCUGGCAUGAGGCGUUCGGGUGCAGCAGACGGGUCGGGGCUUUCAGUUGUUUUGCACUAGCAUAACGUUAGCUUUAUGCUAGUGUUACAUGAGUUUAAUGCUAUCAUAUUGUUAGCUUUAUGUUUGAAUAUUCUUAGCUUAAUGCUAGUGUUGUGCGAAUUGAGAUUCAAUAGUAAUAAUAUUGAUUAGGCUGUUCCUCUUCUGUAACAAGCUAAAUAUCUCUCAAAUGUAUCGUUAUUGUUUUUCUGCAGACUGGAGCAGCGACUUUAGAUCAGAAUUUACAGUCCUGAACAAGUGUGGAAGUUAUUUAUUUAUAUAUAUUUGUAGAAACACAAAAACAUUAAUUUUAAGCAGUUUUUAGAUUUAAAUCCACUUUCUCCUUUGUAUUAUAUUUUUUUUCUUUCCUCUCUUACCUGAAUUUAUUUCUUCUUUGUGCUGCUGAAGUUUUAUUACCUUAUAUUUAUAAGCUCUAUUAACAUCAUAUAAAAAGAUAUUGUCAUGUUCAAUUUUGUCUUAAACUAUUGGACAGAAUGUUGAUUGUAUUUCUUUUUUUAUCCGAAAAUCAAAGAAUGUGAGUUGUUCUCUGUGUGAAAUACUUCAGGAAAAUGAGCCAAGUUCAAUGAAAUGAGUCAUUAAUAAAUUAAUAUGAUGAAAACUA